AUGGCAAUUACCUCUGUCCUUGCCCUUCUUCUCCUUGCAACUCUCAGCCCAUUUUCAAACGUUUCUGCUGUUGGUGUAAACUACGGUACGAUUGGAAACAACUUGCCAUCGCCGAAAAAAGUAGCGCAGCUUCUUCAAUCCACGCUCAUAGACAAGGUCAAAAUCUAUGACACAAACCCUGAAAUCCUAGAGGCAUUUUCCAACACAGGAAUUGACCUCAUCGUUGCAGUGGAAAACUACCAUGUGGCAAACAUCAGCACUGACACCUCAGCUGCCGAUGAAUGGUUCUCCGAUCGUGUGAUGCCCUUUAUUCCUGCCACUUCCAUUGUGGCCAUUGCUGUUGGUAAUGAGUAUCUAACAACAGAUCCCGAUCACUUGAAGCCAAAUGCACUUGUACAAGCAAUGCAAAACUUGCAUGCUGUUUUAGUACAACGUGGACUUGAUCGAAAAAUUAAGGUGACAACACCACAUAGUAUGGCAGUUCUUGCUUCUUCAUUCCCUCCUUCAGCUUCAACUUUUGCUACUACGCUUAUGCCUGUUAUGACCUCAAUAGUAGGCUUUUUGGCUGACACAGGUGCCCCUUUUAUGGUCAAUGCUUACCCUUAUUUUGCUUAUAGGGAUAACCCUGGUACGGUUGACCUUGAAUAUGCCUUGCUAGGGAAUGCUACAGGGGUCCAUGACCCUAAAGGGUAUGUGUACCACAAUAUGUUAGAUGCACAAGUUGAUGCUGUUAGAUCAGCUGUUGUUGCAUUAGGGUUUGGUAAUCGGACGGUUAAGAUCACCAUAUCAGAAUCCGGGUGGCCAUCAAAGGGUGAAUCAGGCGACACUGCUGCCACACCUGAUCAUGCAAAGACUUAUAACACUAGGUUGGUUGAACGAGCACAGUCUAGCAAGGGGACACCAAUGAGUCCUAAGGAAAGCAUAGAGAUAUUUGUGUUUGCUUUGUUUAACGAGAACAAAAAAGAGGGAGGUGUCAGUGAGAGGAAUUUUGGGAUUUUUAAUGGGGACGGAUCUAAAGUGUAUGAUCUGGAUUUGAGCUGCCAGUUUUGUAGUGGCAAUGGAGGGACAUUAGGGUUUGGUGAGAAAAUGUCAAGCGGUUUAAGGGGUCCUUCGGUUUGGUGUGUGGCUAAACCUCAUGCUGACGAGAAGGUGCUUCAAGCUGUGCUAGAUUUUUCCUGUGGACCAGGUGGUGUAGAUUGCAGAGAGAUUUAUGAAAGUGGUGCUUGUUUUGUCCCAGAUAAGCUUCAUGCUCAUGCUUCAUAUGCCAUGAAUGCUUAUUACCAAAUGCAUGGAAGAAACUACUGGAAUUGUGACUUCAAGGGCACUGGCCUUGUUACUUUCAGCGAUCCAAGUUAUGGGACAUGCCGGUAUUCACAGCAAUGA